AUGGUCCAGAUCAGCGAAGUCAAAGGCAACAAGCGAGACAAUCGCACAGCUGCCCAUAGCCACAUCAAGGGCCUGGGCCUCAAAUCAGAUGGAUACGCAGAGAAGCAAUCCGGCGGCUUCGUCGGCCAAGCAGGUGCUCGAGAGUCCUGCGGUGUUGUCGUGGAUUUGAUUCGAGCUCAGAAGAUGGCCGGCCGAGGUGUCCUGCUGGCUGGAGGUCCCGGAACUGGAAAGACGGCGCUUGCACUUGCGAUCAGCCAAGAAUUGGGAACCAAGAUCCCCUUCUGCCCCAUCGUCGGUAGCGAAAUUUACUCGACCGAAGUCAAGAAGACGGAGAUGUUGAUGGAGAACUUCCGAAGAGCAAUUGGCCUUAAGGUGCGGGAGACGAAGGAGGUCUACGAGGGAGAGGUUACAGAGCUUACACCCGAGGAGGCCGAGAACCCCCUCGGUGGCUACGGCAAGACCAUCAGCACGCUGCUGAUCGGCUUGAAGAGCGCAAAGGGCCAGAAGAAGCUUCGCCUGGACCCCAGCAUCUACGAGGCCAUCCAGAAGGAGCGCGUCUCCGUCGGCGACGUCAUCUACAUCGAGGCAAACACCGGUGCAUGCAAACGAGUCGGACGAUCGGACGCAUAUGCCACAGAAUUCGACCUCGAGGCGGAGGAGUACGUGCCCAUCCCCAAGGGCGAGGUCCACAAGAAGAAGGAGAUCGUGCAAGACGUCACGUUGCACGACCUGGAUGUGGCCAACUCUCGACCCCAGGGUGGCCAGGAUAUCAUGAGCAUGAUGGGCCAGCUGAUGAAGCCCAAGAUGACGGAGAUCACAGAGAAGCUGCGCGGGGAGAUUAACAAGGUCGUUAGCAAGUACAUCGACCAAGGUGUGGCAGAGCUGGUUCCCGGCGUUUUGUUCAUUGAUGAGGCACACAUGCUUGAUGUGGAGUGCUUCACCUACUUGAACCGAGCCCUGGAAUCGCCAAUUUCCCCCAUUGUUGUCCUGGCCUCCAACCGGGGAAUGUGCACAAUCAGGGGCACCGACGAUAUUGUCGCGGCCCACGGUAUCCCCACCGACUUCCUCGCGCGCUUGCUCAUCAUCCCCACCACCCCGUACGACGCCGAGGAGAUUAAGCGCAUCGUGCGGAUACGCGUCUCGACUGAGAGCGUUGCCAUUACGGAUGCUGCCAUCGACAAAAUCGCGGAGCACGGCGUCCGCAUUAGCCUUCGAUACUGCCUGCAGCUAUUGACCCCCGCAAGCAUUCUUGCAAAGGCCAACGGCCGUUCGCAGAUUGACAUCCAGGACGUCGCGGAGUGCGAGGACCUGUUCCUUGACGCCGGCCGCAGCGCCGCACUUCUUAGCACCGAGGCUGGGCGAGGCUACCUCUCCUGA